AUGCCGACGCGCAACCCCUUAGAAUCAUCCGAAGACAGUGUCAUAUUGGCAAGCACUCCAAGUGGGGAUUAUGUCAUAGACUCACCUAACACCACAUCUACCAGCUCUGUUAUUGAAACCCCCAUCACCAAAAGUCCCUCUACUGGUUCUGCUUCUGUGCACGGAUCUGUUGAACCAGCCGGUGAUGAAGAUACUCGUAGGGAGCCCAUACUGGUUGGCAACACUUCAGGUCAAAUGGUACCAACUUCCCGAACUAUAUACAAGGUCAGGGCUCGCCCCGCUGUGAGACACACUACUUCGGAGGUUGUUUUAGGGGCUGGCAGUGUCAUAUGCAUAUCUGUUCCACAUCGAGUCUCGAACUUCCGACUGGAUUCACCUUCCAAACGCGCAGCCUUCCUUUACCACCUGGAAGGCUUCUACGAUCACGGAUCAUUGCCGACAUACGUUCCAGAUGGCGUCACUGGCUUUACGGAGGCCAUUGUGGUCUACGAAAUGGGUCGCAAAGUUGACAUAUCAAAGACCCGAGAUAUAAAUGAUUGGUCUUUUCGUGAAUUGCAAGGCGACGGUGUAGUUAUGCCGUAUGAAGGCAUAGCAAGGUUUCACGCCCGAUGGUCGUCUUCUGCUACAUCUGGUAGAGAACAUGCUUUGGAGAUAGUCAAUGCUCACUCAUAUGUUGGAAGCAUGCUUCAAUUAUUCAAAGGCCGGUUACGCAAAUUGUGGAAUGAGCAAAGUUCGGCUAACUGCUUAGCUCUUGAACUCCGGGAGUGGUUUUUACGAGCAUCUGCUUUACACGUCGGUAUAGAACCUGGCUAA